AUGGCUUGGCCGCCUCUCAAACAGCAACUGUCCAAUGCAAUGGAUCCUGGAUAUCUCUUGUGGUAUAGUGCAAUAUACCACAUCACUACUGCAUAUCAGUUCCUGGUGGUAGAGCAUCAUUUACCAACCCUCACCAACCUCAAAAAGGUUAAGGAGGAUGCCUUUGCCUCUUUCUGGAAUUGGUUGACCAAGCCAGUAAUUCCACCACCGCAGCCGGUCGGGUCAGCAACUCUUGUUCCUCCAUUGAUUGCAAAGGCUCAUGGAAAGGUUCUUCAUAUCGGCCCUGGAUCGGGAGCCCAUGUCGCCUACUUUUCAGGCAACUCCAAUAUUGAUGUUGUCCUUGCUGCCGAGCCUGCUGUGGGAAUGCAUUCUGACCUUCAGGGUUGCAUCGAUGCUGCCAACUUGCCAUUCAAGUAUCAGAUCAUCAACAGUACCGCUGACAAAGCGUCUCUCAUUCCCGCAUUACGCACUUACGAUGAACAAUUCAAGUCCAGUGAGCAUAUAUUCGACUCAAUCAUCAGUGUACGCGUGCUGUGCUCGGUCCCUGAUUUAGAUAAGACAACUCGCGAACUGUACCAGAUGCUGAAGCCAGGUGGCCAGCUCAUCCUCGUCGAACAUGUCAAGAAUCCUUGGACGACAACUGGUAGUCUUUUUGCAAGAUCGAUGCAAAUAGUCUGGCACCUGCUCGGCUGGAAGUUCUUUCUUGCUGGUUGCCAUCUCAACCGAGAUACGGCAGCCGCACUGAAAAAUGCAGGCAAUUGGGCAAAGUUUGAUCUGAAGCUAGACUUCGAGUGGGCGCCAUUCACAUACAUUUCAGGCAUCCUUACCAAGCCUUUGUGA